GUACGAACCGGAUUGUUCUCUCUAUAAAAUAUCUCAUUCACGACAGUCCUCCUCGAACUUCUAACUUGGAGCUCUGAAGGUUGGACUUUGAGGAACAAGAUGGAAACUAGGAGUGGACCUGUUGUAGCCAGUCUCUUCAUUUUCUUGUGCUUGUUGCCUUCUAUAUUUUCUUUUUCUGGUGAUGGAUUGAUCAGAAUUGGACUGAAAAAGUGGAAAUUUGAUCAGAACAACCGAGCUGCUGCCCAACUAGAAUUUAAGGAGAGACGGUUUUUGAAAGGGUACGUUGAGAAUUAUCAACAUGGGAAAUCAGGUUACGGAGAAGAUACUGAUAUUCUGCCUCUUAAGAAUUAUCUGGAUGCUCAAUACUUUGGUGAGAUUGGCAUUGGCAGUCUCCCACAGAAGUUCAAAGUAAUAUUUGACACUGGCAGUUCCAAUUUAUGGGUUCCUUCAUCUAAAUGUUAUUUUUCGGUUGCUUGCUAUUUUCAUUCUAGGUACAAGUCUGGGCAUUCAAGUACCUAUAAGAAGAAUGGUAAACCUGCUGACAUACGUUAUGGAACUGGUGCUAUUUCUGGGUUCUUUAGUGAAGACCGUGUGAAACUUGGUGAUCUUGUGGUGGAGGAUCAGGAGUUUAUUGAGGCAACGAGGGAGCCUGGUCUCACAUUUGUAGCUGCAAAGUUUGAUGGCAUACUUGGUCUUGGAUUUCAAGAGAUAUCUGUCGGAAAUGCAGUACCUGUCUGGUAUAACAUGGUUAAUCAAGGUCUUGUAAAUGAACCUGUUUUCUCUUUUUGGCUUAACCGUAAUGCUGAUGAUGAAGAAGGAGGUGAGAUUGUUUUUGGUGGAAAGGACCCUAAUCAUUACAAUGGUGAGCACACAUAUGUACCAGUGACCAGAAAGGGUUAUUGGCAGUUUGAUAUGGGUGAUGUACUAAUUGCUGGUAAAUCAUCGGGAUUUUGUGCUGGUGGCUGUUCAGCAAUUGCUGAUUCUGGAACCUCUUUGUUGGCUGGUCCUACGGCUAUUAUUACUGAAGUCAAUCAUGCAAUUGGGGCCACAGGAGUUGUGAGUCAAGAGUGCAAAGCUCUAGUUUUGCAGUAUGGAGAAACUAUAAUAGAGAGGAUUCUUGCCAAGGAUCAACCGGAGAAAAUAUGCUCACAAAUUGGUUUAUGCACUUUUGAUGGUGUGCAAGGUGUAAGCAUGGGUAUCGAGAGUGUUGUUAAUGAGAGUGCGGGAAGGGGCCAUGGUGGUUUGCGUGAUGGCAUGUGCUCCACUUGUGAGAUGGCAGUGGUAUGGAUGCAAAACCAGCUUAGGGAGAACCAAACCCAGGAGCGUAUACUUAACUAUGUUAAUGAGCUUUGUGAACGACUGCCUAGUCCAAUGGGUGAAUCAUCAGUUGACUGUAACAGUUUGGCAUCGAUGCCUAAUAUUUCCUUCACAAUUGGAGGGAAGAUAUUUGAACUCACUCCUGAGCAGUAUGUCCUCAAAGUUGGUGAAGGAGACGUAGCUCAGUGCGUUAGUGGAUUUAUUGCCAUGGAUGUUCCGCCCCCACGUGGGCCUCUCUGGAUCCUGGGUGACGUUUUUAUGGGUACAUACCAUACAGUAUUUGACUAUGGAAAUCUGAGAAUUGGGUUUGCAGAAGCUGCUUGAGUGCACCUCUUAUACUCAUCUCAGUUUCUUGGCAGUUCAUAUCGUCAUGUAAGAGUGCUCCUUUGUAUAAAUUAUGGGUAAUAACUACUAGAAAACACACCCCACAUGACCUCUUUAUCUAGUCCAAUGUUAUAACCACUAUCAAAGAAAAAGAAAACUAGUCGGAUUACUUACUUUCAUAGCAAGUACAAGGCAGAACACUCUGUUUAUUGUGUGCCUUGUAAACUGGUGCGUAUAUGGUAUGUCAUUAUGUGAGUAUAGAAGGGAACGAAUAUUGAAAAUGAUGGAUAACGGGUGGCCUUGAGCUUGUAUUGGUUGAGAGUGUCUCCCACUCACAAGCCGCAUAGGAUAUGUUUAGUUGAGUACUUUAAAGUGUGGUGGCAUGAUAAUCUGUGUUGAAUUGUGUUGUGAUAUAUGCAAAACACUGGUAAAAUCACGACACAGUAUUUCACAA